CGGACCGUGGAAUCGCCGCAUACUCACCCACCGGUCAAGUAAUUUCAUGAAAAGGAGAAACUGUUCGGUCUUACUUUUCGAUUAAGUGUUUUGUAAUCAAGGGAGAAGCAUUCCAUUCACAAGCAGUCGAAUGAGAGUCAUAUUUGCCCUUGGCAACUGAAGAUGAUGUUACUAUGGAAACAACUUGUGCUGCUAUCAAUCUUCGGCUGCCUUGCAGCUCUGGCAGAAGAUGGAGCUUUUCAAGGGCCCAUCUGGAGGCUGGAGCCCGCUGACCUGAUCCUGCCCAUCAGCUCCCCCGAGCAGGAGGCCACGCUGCCGUGCCAGGCCGACGGGAACCCCACGCCACAGUACAGAUGGUCUCUAAACGGAACGCUCAUUGAUCUCAGGAGUGACUACCGGCGUCGCUUGUCUGGGGGCAGCCUAAUCAUUAGCAGUCUGGACAGAGACCAAGACACCGGGACAUAUCAGUGCACUGCCUACAACACGCGCGGCACCAUCCACAGCCAGAAAGCAAGCCUGCAGUUUGCAUACCUUGAAAACUUCAAAAGUCAAACGAGGAAUGCAGUAAACGUAAGGGAAGGUCAAGGAGUCGUUUUAUUAUGUGGGACACCUAUGCAUUCUGGAGAGCUCACCUUCGCCUGGAUCUUCAACGAGUACCCCUACUUCGUGCAGCAGGACAGUCGGCGCUUCGUCUCGCAGGAGACGGGCAACUUGUACAUCGCCAAAGUGGAGCCGUCCGACGUGGGCAACUACACGUGCGUGGUGAACAACAGCAUCACCAAAGGGAGGGUGCUCAGCUCGCCCACCCCUUUGGUCUUGAGGAACGACGGAGCUAUGGGUGAAUACGAGCCCAAAAUAGAAGUUCAUUUCCCAGACAGCGUCCCAGCUGCAAAAGGAUCAGUGGUCAAGCUGGAGUGCUUUGCUCUUGGAAACCCAGUGCCAGAGAUCAGCUGGAGGAAGACGUCUGGUGAUCCGUUCCCCAGCAAAGUGAAGCUGAGGAACUCCAACGCCAUCCUGGAGGUCCCCCGCCUCCAGCAGGAGGACGCCGGCAUGUACGAGUGCGUCGCCGAGAACAGCCGGGGCAAGAACACCGUACGGGGACGACUGUCUUUCCACGCCAAGCCCCACUGGCUCCAAACGAUGAUGAACACAGCCCUGUCCAUCGAGGAGAACUUAGCCUGGGAGUGUAAAGCGAGCGGAAGACCCAAGCCAUCCUACAGCUGGUUGCGUAAUGGAGAAAUGCUCGCUGCCGAGGGCCGAGUGCAGAUCGAGAAUGGCGUUCUCUCCAUCGUUUCAUUAAACCUGUCAGAUGCCGGGAUGUAUCAGUGUGUGGCGGAAAACAAACAUGGCAUUAUUUAUGCCAGCGCCGAGCUAAUGGUGUUAGCUGCGCCGCCGAGCUUCUCGAAGAGUCCACUGCAAGCGCUUCAGAAGGCGCGCUCAGGCAGCGAGGUAACCAUGGAGUGCAGGCCUCAGGCCUACCCCCAGGCCAUCAGUCUGUGGAAGAAAGGAAAUGAGAUUUUGCAGAGAAGCGAAAGGAUCACACUCCUUCCCAAUGGUACUUUGAAAAUUGCCAACGUGACCAGGAGGGAUGGAGGGAGCUACACAUGCAUUGCUAAAAAUCAAUUUGGGACGGCGAGCGCAAUGGGAAGGUUGCUAAUUACAGAGCCCACCAGGAUCACUGUGGGGCCAAGCAACAUGGAGAUCAUUGUUGGCGAGAGCAUCGUGCUUCCCUGCCAGAUUGCCCACGACCCGGCUCUGGAUGUGUCCUUCUCCUGGGCAUUCAACGGGCAGCUCGUGGACUUUGAUCGGGACGGCGAUCACUUCGAGAGAGUAGGCGGGUCUAUUGCAGGGGAUCUGAUGAUUCGAAACAUUCAGUUGAACCACGGUGGAAAGUACGUCUGCCUUAUUGAUACUGACGUGGAGCAUAUGUCAGUGGAUGCCAUAUUGAUCGUUAAAGGCCCCCCUGGACCCCCAGAGACGGUGCUGGUGGUGGAGAUCACAGAUAGCACGGCCCAGCUCUCCUGGACCCCCGGCAGGGACAACGGCAGCCCCAUCACAGGCUACGUGGUCCAGGCCCGCACCCCCUUCACCGUGGGCUGGCAGGCAGUGGACACAGUCCCUGAAGUCAUCAAUGGAAACACACUGACCGCCACAGUGGUGGGCCUGAACGCCUGGGUGGAGUAUGAGUUUCGUGUAGUAGCCAGUAAUAGUGUUGGGAUGGGAGAGCCCAGUCCACCCUCCCCAAAGACACGCACCGAGGAUGCCAUCCCGGAUACAGCUCCCACUGAUGUCGGAGGCGGGGGCGGCACAAAAUCGGAAUUAGUGAUAACAUGGGAGCCUGUGCCCGAGGAACUCCAGAAUGGCGAGGGCUUCGGCUACAUUAUCGCCCUGCGGCCGGCGGGCUCGGUCACCUGGACGCGCACCGUGGUCUCCACGCGCCUGGCCAAGUACGUGCUGCGCAACGACACCAUCCCGCCGUUUGCGCCGUUCGACGUGAAGGUGGGCGCCUUCAACAAGCGGGGCGAAGGGCCCUUCAGCUCGGUGGCCACCGUCUUCUCAGCUGAGGAAGUGCCCAGUCUGGCUCCAGUGAAAUCCAGGGGCCGGAGUGUGUCGGCGUCUGAGAUUGAAGUGGUGUGGGAACCCCUGCGCUCCAUCCCUGAGAGAGUACUGGGUUACGAGGUGGUGUACUGGGAGGAUGACACCAAACCGGACACGGUGGGUAAGGUGAGAAUAUCCGCCAACUACACGGCGGUCAACAUCAGCGGCCUGCGGGGAAGCACGCAGUACUACCUGGCGGUCAGCGCCUUCAACACGGCCGGCACCGGAUCCCAGUCCCAGCCCAUCAACGCCACCACCAAGAAACCCCCCCCUGGACAGCCUCCACUGAAUGUAAAGUGGACUCUUAUUGGCUCUCAGCUCACCCUGCAUUGGGACCCAGUUAUAGCCCUGGAGACCGAGUCCGAGGUCACAGGAUAUCUUAUAUUUUGCCGCAGACACCGCCACAACGACGUCAACGCCAUCGGCGCUGACCAGACCACGGCCCAAGUGACCCUGUCGGCCAACGACAACUACGUCAUCGAGAUACGGUCGCUAAGCGAAGGCGGAGUGGGCGUGGGGAGUGAGCCGAUCCACAUCCACAAACUGAGCAUGGGCGCCAGGGGCUCGGGAGCAGCUCGGCUUGGCAGCGUCGCCCUCUCCCCUCUCCUCCUCGUGACGCUCUGCUUGGCACUCGCCGCUGCCUCCUGAGGACUGACGCCU